AUGGAGAAGUAUACAGAAAAGUUUGCUAACAAGAUUGUUCAGUUGUGCAUAUCAAAAUAUAACAGCUUAAAGAAAACAGGAAAACCAAAGAAUGAAGCUGAAUGGACUCUGCUGUCAUGUUUUGUGCAAGAAGAGCAGUGCAGCCACACACUCAAGGUUGUUGCUCUUGGAACUGGAUCAAAAUGCAUUGGUUCACACCAGCUGCCUUCUGCUGGGGAUGUCCUUCAUGACAGUCAUGCAGAAGUUGUUGCUCGAAGAGCAUUUAUGUUGUAUCUUAUUAGUGAAGUAAGAAUGGCAGCUGAGGGACACAGUAGUAUAUUUGAAGUAAAAGAUGGAACAUAUUAUUUGAAAUCGGGCAUACUGUUUCAUUUCUACACAAGUCACACACCUUGUGGCGAUGCUUCAAUAUUCUUGAAGCAGGAAUGGCUAGAGUGUGUUGGUAAUGUUCUUGAGACUAAAGAAGAACCAACUAUAAGCCCCUCUGUUCCUAUAGGGAAUUCAGAUACAGAGCCACCAGUUAAGAAAAGAAGAUGUCAAGGAAGUUCUGAUUUUGAAGAUCAAAUUACCUUGCAGAACACUGAAAAUGCCCAUGUAAAAAGUGAUGACAUUAAAAAGAUGGAUGAUCUUGAAAAAGAAAAAACAAAUCUAGCAGUGUGCACAGGUGAUGUGAACGAGGUUUUAUCUGACACUUUCCGCACUGGUGCAAAAUGUGUUGCUGGGGAGGCACCAGAUCCAAAGCUUCCAGGCAGUAAGUAUCACAUAACAGGAGUCCUACGUACUAAACCUGGCCGAGGUGAUCCCACACUUUCCCUUUCUUGCAGUGAUAAGAUCUUUAAGUGGACCAUUCUUGGAGUGCAAGGAGCUUUACUCAUGAUCUUACUUAAAAAGCCAGUGUAUAUAGCCACUAUUGUCAUUGGACGGUGUCCCUACAGCCAGGAAGCAAUGAAGCGAGCCAUUUAUGGUAGGUUUGAGGAUGGUUUAAACAAUCUUAAUCUACCAGAAGGAUUUUCUGUACAGACGCCAGCGUUAGUACAGUCAAACAUUGACUUUGCUCAUUCUCGAAUUAACAUUGCUAAAACUGCCUCAGAAGGGAGUAAGUUAAUCCCCACACCCACAAGUAUAAUCUGGAGUGAUACUAGUGUGCAUAGAGAAAGUCAAGAAGUUGCAACAAAUGGACGUAGGCUGGGCUGUACAAAGAAGAAUAUAGGGACGUCGAAGAGUUGGGUUAGCAUAUGUCGUAAAGCGAUCUCUUGUCUGAUGCUUGAUCUUUUGAAAGAUGCAAGAUGGGAGCCAGCAGAUUUUAAUCAACUGACAUAUAGUGACUUGAAAUAUUAUUCAGAAUCAUAUAAUCAGGCUUGGAAUAUUUUAAAAUCCAAAUGUCUAUCAAACUGGACAGUUAAACCUAAACAUAUAAAAGAUUUUAAGGUGAAGUAAUUGUACACAUCAGAACCUUCAGAGAAAAUCAGGUUUUUGAAGAAUGCCUUCUUAGUUUUAGAUGCUUGUGAGUUGAUGUAUGAUAGUUUUUAAAUAAAGAAUGAGAAGUU